GCUAGAAAAGGCCAGCUGCAGUCUGUUAAGCUGUAACAAUAACAACAUUAAUGCUAGUGAUAUAAUGUUGAUUAUUUGUAUGUUAAGGACUGCCAUGGCAUUUGUAUUAUGGAUUAAAUCACAUCAGAGAUCUGCCUGCCCACUGCCACCACAGCCAGUACUACUGGACCAGACCAACCACUGGCCUACCAUGGUGUCUCAAAAAGGCAGGUGCAAAUGGAUGACUUUUAUUCUGGUGUGGUUUUGUGACGUCAUAAGGCUGCGCCGCGCUAUGCUGUAUCUGUUGUGAAUCGGCUGAAGAAAGGAAAACUCCUGGAGAAGCAGCUGAGAUCUCGUGACACACUAUUAUAAAGAUGGCAUUUAUUAAAGAGGAGAGUGAAGAAAUAAAGAUUGAAGAAGUGUUCAGCGUGAAACAUGAAGAUACUGAGCAACAAACAGACCUAAUGCAGCUGAAAGAGGAGAGUCAAGAACUGAAGGAAUUUGAAGUGAAAAAUCAUUAUAAGAAAGAUCAUGAUUUCAGAACUGGAGAAAAAUCUUUUAAUUGCUCUAUGAGAAAAAAGGUUUCCUCACGAAAGAGACGUCUGAAUACAAAAACUAUUAGAGACUUUACCUGCCAACAGUGUGGAAAUACUUUCAGACAACAACAAAUGCUUAAAGUCCACAUGAGAAUUCACACUGGAGAGAAACCUUACAGCUGCCAACAGUGUGGAAAUGCUUUCAGACAACAACAAAUGCUUAAAGUCCACAUGAGAGUUCACACUGGAGAGAAGCCUUACACCUGCCAACAGUGUGGAACCAGUUUCACUCAUAAAUCAAGCCUUAAUGUCCACAUGAGAAUUCAUACAGGAGAAAACCCAUUCACCUGCCAACAUUGUGGACAGAGUUUCAGUCGAAAACGAAACCUUAAUGUCCACAUGAGAGUUCACACUGGAGAAAACCCUUUCACCUGCCAACAGUGUGGAAAGAGUUUCACUCAAAAACAAAACCUUGAAGUCCACAUGAGAAUUCACACUGGGGAGAAGCCUUACACCUGCCAACAGUGUGGAAAUACUUUCAGACAAAAACGAAGCCUUGAAGUCCACAUGAGAGUUCACACUGGAGAAAACCCAUUCACCUGCCAACAGUGUGGAUACAGUUUCACUCAAAAAGUAAGCCUUAUUGUCCACAUGAGAGCUCACACUGGAGAAAACCCAUUCACCUGCCAACAAUGUGGAAAGAAUUUCAGUCGAAAACAAAACUUAAAUGUCCACAUGAGAGUUCACACUGGAGAGAAGCCUUACACCUGCCAACAGUGUGGAAAGAAUUUCACUCAUAACUCACACUUGAACACCCACAUGAGAGUUCACACUGGAGAGAAGCCUUACACCUGCAAUCUGUGUGGGAAGAGCUUCUCACGAAAAGGAAAUCUACAGGUUCACAUGAUAAUUCACACAAAAGAGAAGACAUUCACGUGAUCAGUGUGGAAAGAGUUUUUCACACAAAGGACAGAUUAAAGUCCACAUGAGGGCUCACACUGAGAAAACUGUUCACUUGAUCAGUGUGGAAAGAGCUUCACAGACAGUAAAUGCCUUAGGAAACAUGAAAUAACUCACACCAGAGAGAAGCUUCACAUGUGCCUUCACUGUGGAAUGACAUGCUUAAGCAAUGCAAGACUUGAUUCACAUAAGAAGUCACACUGGAGAGAAGCCUUUCACAUGUCUUCAGUGUGAUGUGAGUUUCACAUAUGAAAAAGACUUCAAACAGUGGAGAGUGGAGCCUGGCCCAUCACGGUUCUUGUUGUGGCAAAUUCGAUGUCUCUAUGUCCUUCAGUUCUGGUCUUGAAAUAAAACUCGCAGAGUCGAA